GCGAAAACGACACCGGUCUGUAAUUGAAAACUGGCAGAGGGAUUAAACAAAUGCGGAGAUUCCAUUCCAUUCGUAGGCCGCCGUGCUUAGCUACUUCCAGGUAGCCUCGACCUCGAUCGAUCGCAGCAAGUGUGCCCUUCCCUGCCGCUGCCCAUGCCCAAGAGAAGAGCAGACCGACGACCCAUAUCGUCGAGUACCCUAAACGAACGGCAGUGAUUGCCAAGGAAUAAUUGUCGCUCGAUCAGGUUGCGCAGGACACGGUCGCCCCGGCCCACACCGCGGCAGGAUAAUUCACUCUCAUCAGGUUGCUUCUCCCUGUUGGUCAUGUGGUGGUCCGUGCUGCUGCUGUGAGCUACCAGCCGACGACGACGACGCCCGCGUUCGCUUUGUUAUAAGCGCGAGGGUUUGUGGCGAGGUUGCUGGGCAUUAGAGCUCGGCUAACGGCAUUUGGGACAUAAGAGAGAGGGAGACGGGGGCCGGGGCGGUAUGGAGCUUGACGAGGAGGCGUUCUUGGACGAGCUCAUGUCGCUGCGGCGGGAGGCGGCGGCGUCGUCCGCGCCGUGGCAGCAAGCUGAUCCCUGUAGUGCCUACCCGGGCGCAGGCGGAGGCGGCGGCGGCAUGAUGAUGAGCGACCUCCUCUUCUACGGCGGGACGACGGAGGGCGCCGCCGCCGACGCCACCAGCAUGGACCUCUCGCCGUUCCACCAGGAGCCGCUGCAGGCGCCCAUGCCGCCCGCGGCGGCCCGGACCCCGCUCCCGCCCCCGCACCCGCACGAGGAGUUCAACUUUGACUGCCUGAGCGAGGUCUGCAACCCGUACAGGAGCGGCGGCGGCGGCGUCGCCGUCCCGGGGGCCGAGGCCGUAGCGGUGCCCGGACACAAACAGGCGCUUGCUGCACUCCACGACGCCAUGGUGGAGGAGGAGACGAGCGGUGACCUUGACCUGCAGGGACAGCAGCACUAUGGAGGUGGCGGGUCCCCAACGUUCGUUUUCGGCGGAGGCGCCCGCGGCGAGAGCUCCGAGAUGCCCAUCGUCAGGGGUGUCGGCGGCCCUCAUCACCACAGGAGCAAGCUCCACGGCGCGCCGUCCAAGAAUCUCAUGGCCGAGAGGCGGCGGAGGAAGCGCCUCAACGACCGCCUCUCCAUGCUCCGCUCCAUUGUUCCCAAGAUCAGCAAGAUGGACAGGACAUCCAUUCUUGGGGACACCAUUGACUAUGUGAAGGAGCUGACGGAGCGGAUCAAAGUCCUCGAAGAGGAGAUCGGCGCCUCGCCGGAGGACCUGGACCUCCUCAAUACCUUGAAAGAUUCGUCCAGUUGCAGCAACGAGAUGAUGGUGAGGAACUCCACCAAGUUCGACGUCGAGAAGCGGGGCAACGGGAGCACGAGGAUCGAGAUCUGCUGCCCGACAAACCCCGGGGUGCUGCUGUCCACAGUAAGCGCGCUGGAGGUGCUCGGCCUGGAGAUCGAGCAGUGCGUCGUGAGCUGCUUCAGCGACUUUGCCAUGCAGGCCUCUUGCUCACAAGAGGACGGGAAGAGGCAAGUUCUGAGCACCGACGAGAUAAAGCAGGCAUUGUUUAGGAGUGCUGGCUACGGAGGGAGGUGCCUCUAGCUAGCAAACAGCUCCAAAAACCAACCCAGCAAAUAUAAGCUAGUAAGUUGCAUGAUUGUUAUUGUUGUUGAUGCUUUGCUUCAUUGAUAUAUUAUUCCAUGGCUUUGCUCCAUGAAUUAGUGUAGAGCUAGUGUGUAGUAGUAUGAGGUACGUAUCUGAAGAAUCCCAGCAGCAAAUUAACAAUUUGUUGCUCAGGUAUUGUAAGGUGAUCAUUUCUUGCGGUUUGUAUAAUUGGAUCAUGUGGUGUGUAUGCGGGUUGAUAUAUAUUGUGGUGUACCACGCGGCAUGGGUUAAAUUCCAAGAAGCAGAUUGUUUCUUCUGUGA